GUCGAGCUGUGCGAGCGGCUCUCCUUCUACACCUUCGCGGGCUCGCAGGAGUUCUUCCUGGAGCACAUUGGCUUCCCGCUCUCGAGGGCAAGCGCGCUCAACGAGCCACCAUGUGGACCAUGUGCACCGUGCUCGCCGUCGCGGCCAGCUGGGCGGCGGACGUGGUGUUCGGGCGCUACCACACGAUCCUCGUGUCGGGAGACCGGCUCUACGCGACGGGCGCGGCGCUCGCCGCGGCGGCGGCGUGGCCGUCCGUGGAGAGCCCGCAGCUGUACUUCCUCGGCAUGCUGGGGUUCAUGCCCAUUGCCACCGCGGGCAUCAAGGCGAACAUCUCGAACUUCGGAGCCGACCAGUAUGACCCAAGCCACCCGGGAUCCGCGGCUGCGCAGGAGAGAAGUUCUUCUCCGUGUUCUACUGCUCCAUCAACGUGGGCGCAGGCGUGGCCUACGGCUUCUUCACUACCUUCGCCGCGAGCGGCGGCCUCGGCGUCCCGAGAGACUACGGCUACUUCUCCGCCUACCUCAUCAUGGCCUGCUGCAUGCUGUGCGCCGUAGGCAUCUGCUGGGCGGGCCGGCUACUCGGGGCAGGCUUAGGUCGGGAAUGUCCUCCUACAGGCGGAUGGACUAUUCUGGAAUAUUCCUCCUGCAGAGCGACGUGCCCGGCUCGAGGGCAGGCUUUCCCUCUCCGCUCUCCGCUGGCCCGGCCGGCCGCCUGCGGCGCCUGGGCGACGCGCUCGUGCAGGGCAGGCAGCUGGCUGCCAGCGAGGUGCGGGCUGGGCUGAGCGACGCGGCGCACAACUAUGACAGGAACCCUCGCAGUAUUUAUGGCCACGCGCACCUUGAAGGCAAGCGCUCGGCGCUGGCGUCCACGGCGGACUGCCUCGCGAGGUGCGCAGCGUACGGCUCCCACCAGGCGGCUCUGGUGUGCAUCGGCAUCGUCAUGCUCGGCGGCAGCAUCAUCCUCUCCGCGAUGGAGUCCCUGGUGCCGAACCUGGGCUCCGCCAUGAUGGUCGCUGCGUUCCUCUGCGCCGGCCUCGGGACCCUCGCGGUGAUCCUGCCGUGCGUGAACCCGAGCUGGCUGGCGACCGCCGAGGGCGGCACGCCCACGCCGGAGGAGUCGGACGUGCAGAAGUUCCUGAUGCUGCUGCCCACGCUGUUUAUGGGCAGCCUGUCGUUCGGUGCUUUGUACAACUCCAUGCAGUUCUGGUAUCAGCAGCAGGCUUGCCAGAUGGACGUGCGCCUCGGCUCGAUGCAGUUGUCGGGGUCCUUCUUCAACAUUGCUGACUGCUUCGCGAUCGUGAUCAUGACGCCCCUCGCGGUGGACUGGAUCAACCCGAUCUUGGAGAGGAACGUGGGCAAGAUGGGGCACAGCCUCAAGUUCGGCAUCGGCAUGGCUGUCGCGGGGACAGAUCUCUGUGAUCAUCGCGGCAAGGCUGGAGCAGGUCCGCAAGGGUACCGCGGUGCUGCCGCUGCAGUCCAACUGCGCGCCGCCAGGCGUCAACAUGUCGGAGCUCAGAGGCGCCUGGAUGAUGGUGCCCUACUUUUUGAUGGGCGUGGCGGAGAUCUACACGCAGCCCACCCUGCUGCACUUCGCCUACUCGAAGAGCCCCCGCCUCCAUGCGCACGCUCUCGAUGGCGGCGUCGUUCUUCAUCCAGGCCGUGUCGUCGGCGCUGUUCGCCCUGCUGGUCAAGGCGCUGA